UAUAGUUUCAUUACUGUUUAUACAACUCGCAGUCGAUUUAAAUAUGCAUUAGGGCUGACCUUUGGCUCCUCCUCUCCUGUCCUGAGCAUCUCGGUGUCCAGUCUCCUGCUUCCUCUCGGAGUUUUUCUGGAGGUCGGACCGGACAUGGCGAGCCGCAGAGUGGGCUUCUGUCUGAGCGUAAAGAAACGGCGGCGGAUUAACCUGAGCGCGUUCGCUCACCUGUGCGCAGGCAGAGGUAUUGAGGUGGUUGAGAUAGAUCUGAGUCGAACGAUGGAUUCUCAGGGCCCGUUCGACAUCAUCGUACACAAACUCUCCGAUGUGAUUGUAGAGGCAGAACAUGACAGUCAAUCACAGCAGCUUCUCGACAACUUCCAGACUUAUGUGUCCACACACCCUCGCACUGUCUUGCUUGAUCCGUUGCCGGCCAUGAGACAGUUACUGGACCGCUUCGCCUCGUACCGCAUCAUCAGUAAACUGCAGAACACACUGCAAGGGAAGAGUAUUUGCUGCCCACCGUAUCUAGAAAUUAACACCACCGACAUGUCGGCCAUCCAGGAAGCAGUGGACAGGAAGCAGCUCACUUACCCUUUAAUAUGUAAAACCAGGGUGGCUCACGGAUCCCGCUCACACGAGAUGUCUCUAAUCUUCAGCCGGGCCGGUCUGAGAGACGCUCGUCCUCCUUGUGUCCUCCAGAGUUUUGUGAAUCACGGUGCCGUGCUGCAUAAAGUGUUUGUGGUGGGCGAGCAACAUUUCACAGUGGCGCGACCGUCGCUCAAGAACUUCCCCACUGGACCCUAUGACAGGAAAACGAUCUUCUUUAACAGCCACGAGGUGUCUAAACCCGAGUCCUGUUCCCAUCUAACCGCACUGGACGAGACGAUGCCUCGAGUCCCCGCCCCAAAUGAGGACCUGAUGGUCGCCAUGGUGAAGGAGCUGAGGGCGGCACUUGGGAUGGCUUUGUUUGGCGUGGACGUCAUUACGAACAUAGAUACACACACACUCACCAUUAUAGACAUCAACAUAUUCCCCGGUUAUGAGGGCGUUCCUCAGUUCUUCUCCUCUCUCCUCAGUCACAUCGAAUAUGUGCUGGACAUGUCACAUGAUCCCAAACACUGAACGUCUCAAACUCCCACUAAUACAUGAUGACUAAGUUUAUAUUGAAAAUGUUCUUUUACCGUAUGGGGACGUGCCUAAACUUAUUUGUAUAAAAUUUGAGGAUGAAUCCACUUGUAAUGAAAAAAACAAAACAAAAACAAACAAAAAAAGAACCAAAAUUUCCAUGACGAACAAACACAUAAAGCUGAUUCAGUGUUUCAGGUAGAAACCAAGCACACUUUAUUGACUGAGAUGGUAAGGGUUUUUUUUUCUUUUUCUGUAGUAUAAGUGUACCACCAUAGAUAUACUCAUGCCUCUUCCUGAUCGCCAUGUUUAAUUCUACACAAGAUUUUAAAGAGAAAUUUACAGUUCGAUUGCA